UUAUUUAAAGCCAUUGCUGUCGACUUAGAGCCAAACUGUGGAGUUCAUAGACGUCUCGAGUUGGAGUCAACCUGCGCGAACAUACUUAUUAAGGGUUCUCCAAACGAUAAUGGUUAUCUCAACAACUUCAUGUCAGCCAGACUGUCAGGCUCUCUUUCCUCCCAUUCAGAACAUGAGGGAGCCGAGGAAGGCGAACGAAUAUUCUUGGAGUCUGCUAAGUCAUGCGAAGAUUCUUUGAUGUCAACCGACCUGGUGGCUCGGGUUCGUAGCCACUUGGCUUACCAAAUAGCGCAUCUGGUAGACCUCGAAGGCCGUGGACUGGUACAUGCGGCUGCAGUGGGCGGUAGUCUCGAUUGCCUCCGCUUGGUUCUCGUUGCCGCCGGUGCUAUUCCAUUAAUCAGGUCUGGGUGUCGCUUGAAGAGAUUGGUAUCAAUGGCCGACUCUGUAUCCGCCUCCGAUUCCAGAGGCCGACAACCACUCCAUCUGGCAGCUGCUUCAUGCGCCCUAGCCACCUCAAAGACUUCCAUUGAUGAAAGCUCAAGCAAUUCGGCUGUUUCACGUCCUAUAUAUUCCGGAAUACCUGAGGAUUCCUGCGAUCCAUUCGCUGCUUCUGGAAACGGAAAUACGGAAUCUUAUUUUCGGCACAGCCGACUCACCACCCUUCCCCGACACUUUACUUCAAAGACGGUUACAUCAAGAAAUGAUCUUCUCUCUGGAUCCCCACCGCUUGCUUCUUUUGUAUCCCCUUCCCCUUUCUUCUCAAACUCAUCAGCCUCAUCUUCAUUCUGCAAUACAUCAGGCACAAAUCAUAUGUCUACGUCAGGGGGGUAUGGUCGCGUGAAUGCGAUCGAUACGGCCCUUAACAUGUCGUUGGCCCUGAUAAAGGUAAUCUUUUUACUUUCAAUUGUCUUUGGUCUUUUGUAUCAAUAUAUUUCGAAAUCCAAAAGAUUUUCUUUAAACUAA